AUGUUCUAUCCAAAAUGCCUAUUCUUCCUCUAUGCAUUAAUAGCUAAAUCUACGGCUCAACACGCCGGUUUCACCCCUGAUUUCCAUGGAUAUUUGCUGGAUACUGUCGGCCAAGCUACCCUCAAUUUAUUGGAGCGAAAAGAACACAGCUGGGGCAGUUUUGGAGGCAAAUUACAUCCGGAUCAGGAGAUUCGGAAACAGCCGGUCCUAAUGGUGCACGGCGUCGCCACAACAGCCGGCCGUUUUCUAAUGCUCCGGAAAUACCUCUACAAUAAGGGAUACACCGAUGCCGAGCUGUACGCGACAACGUGGGGAAACGGGCCUCAAGGAGGGUUAGUUCUGGUAAAAAUGGAAUGCCGUUUUGUUAGACAGAUUCGUAUAAUGAUCGAUGCAAUCCAUGAAUAUACGGGAUCGAGGAAGAUUGAUAUUGUGGCCUUUUCGAUGGGUGCUCCAAUUACGAGAAAGGCCAUACUUGGAGGGGAUUGUAAUGGGAUAUAUCUCGGAAAACCGCUGACGCAUUUGGUAGACACUUUCGUCUCGGUGGCUGGCGCGAAUUAUGGCUCUGCUAUUUGUGAAAUGCUGCCACUGGCCAUUUGCAAUCUAAAUAACGGGUUGUCAUGUCGAAGUCACAGAUUGAGUGAAUUAAACUCACGUAAACAUCGCUACGAGGGAAAACACAGCUUUUCCAUUACGACGACUAAUGACGAAAAGGUUGGCGGCUGGUGUUGCGGCCAUAAAUGUGCUUCUCUGCCGAAUAAUGAGGCCGAAUUUGUCUAUCACGGGCCGGGGCAUGAUGAGGUUCUUUACAGAUCGAUAAAGCUACAGUACGAUCUGAUUACGAAACAUCGUGGAAAACUGUCGGAUCUGCAAGUCUCGGAAAUCCCGAUCCCACCAGCCAGGCCUCGGCUCAAUCUCUUCGAAUAUUAUUUCGCGGCUGAAUUUGGAGGGGAAGAAGCGGAUCAGAGCUCGGAUUCCCUGAAUUCUAUUUUCUACCAACUAGCCACCGAAUGCCUAGCCGUUGGAGGACUUUGGAGUGAAACAAAAUCCUAUGACUACGAUCCACCCGAAAAUGACCACGUCAAAACCUUUGAUCAUGGCGAA